UCAUUGAUUAUUUAUCUAUUUAGGGGUUUUAUGGUGCCGAAUUAGAUGAUUUGAACCAUGAAACCUAUGGCUACAGAACACUUGAAGCCCUCUUAAAUGCUCACCCAGAAGUGGUCACUAUUCAGUAUUAUGGUGGAAAUAUCAUGGUGCUGCCAAAUUUGUCACUUUUUCCACACUCAUCAAGACCGAUUGAACCAUUGUCUUGUCCUGUGAAUGUUGCAGGUGUUCAGGACAUUUACAAAAGAUUAGAUGUCAGUGCUCUUUUGCCAGUUGGGCAGGCAGUAGAUUUGGUUGUUGGAGAAGUGUUUACCCCAAGCCAUUUUUGGGUUAUUCACCGAGGGAUCAAUACGUCACAGGCCUUAGAUUCUCUUAUGGACUGCAUGUUAGAGUUUUAUAGCGGUCCCCUUGGAGCACGCUACAUUAUUCCAGAAGAAAAUAUAACCAUUCGUGCUCCAGUCAUUGCCCUUUAUGAAGAAGACCUGAACUUUUAUAGGGCAAUUAUAAUAUCACUGGAAGACCUUGGAACUGUUAAGGCAGCUCUAAAUGAUGUGAUUCCCUCACAAGGGAGAAGAACAUGGAGUCAAGAAGGUUCACAAAAGUUCCUGAAGAUGGUGCAGAACAAAGAGUUUGUAGCACAUAUUGUCUCAUUAAAGGGUUCAGCUAACAUGAUUCUGUGGGACACUAGUAAUGAGAAAGGCAUAAACAUUGGUGAGGUCCUCAUUGAUGAAGGCUUUGCAUCUGCCGCUCAUGCAAGUGGUGAUGUCUCUACUUCAGUUAUUGAGACAAAAACCAGUUCAAUAAAACCUCCGCCUGGAUUUGAGCUGGCACCUGUAAAUCUUCUAGCCAUAGAUCCUCCACCAGGUUUUGAACAUUCACUUGUUAAUUAUGAAGUGGUAGAACCUCCUGCUAAUUUAAGGUCUAUUUCUGAUAAUCCAGCUGUUCCUUCACUGGGAUUUGAAACAAAUGUAACAAGCAUUCUUGACCAUCCUAUACUUUCUGCCAGAGGAGAUGAUACGUACUACAGUGAUGAAGAAGAUGAAGUGAUAAUGCGGAGCCUUAAAUCAAGAGAGAAGAACAUCGUGUUCCAGUGUGUGGUCAACUGCAUAUCCCUGUCAACAAAAACAACACUUCAUGUUAUAGAAUUCAGUGGACAACCCUUUAUCUUGAGUGCAGAGUUAUCCCAGUUAUUGAACUUAGAUAUCCAGUCUGUACUCAGGGAAAGAAGAAUUGUUGUUCCAAUGAUUAUCUUAGAUAAGGGAAUUGAUGCAUGUGUGUAUAUACAGCUAAUAGAGUCUGGUUGCAAAGCUAUUUAUGGUGGAAAUGGAAAGAUGCUGUCAAAUUUAAUUAUUUACCCCUUGAAAAUCUUACGCAAUACUCUGAAGUUAUUUCCCAGAAGUAAUAAUGAAUUAGAAACAGCUCUGAAGAAGCUGGUUGAUGAGUAUGCCAGUGAUACAGGUAGUCGAAGAUCAAGUUCAGUUUUUGAGGACCAUCAUCUUAUCCAAGGUAUGAUACCUAGUAUGCCACAAAGGCAAACACACAAUUCACAAGAAUCUUUAAUCAGCAGCAAAACACUGAGAAAUGGUACUUGUGAUUCUGAGCCAUUCAAAGAAGAGACAGAUGUGCUGCAAAAUCAAAUUAUCGAUGAGCAAGAGACUGAAGCACAUUAUUACCACUUAGAAGUUUCAAACAGUAGUGAGAUAGCCAAGGAUGAUGCAGCAGUUAUUACCUAUGGAGACUGUAAAGGUGUAGAAAGAACAGGAAAUCAAAUUUUACGAGAGUCAAAAACACCAGGCAAGGAACAGCAGUCAAAGACAGAAGUUUGUUUUGACAGUGAAUUACCAAACACACAUACUGCUGUUGAAGUUGCUAAACAUGUGCUCACACCAACACACACUCAAUGGGACAGAUCUGUAAGACCAAAGGAAAUAAAAAUGGCUCAUAAUGAACACACAGUCUUGGGUAGGUUGCCAUCAAAGAAUUGUAUGCAGAAUAAAGGUAAUAACAAUGGAAAGAUCUUUCAGCCAGUGAAAGCCAGAAUAAUGAGAUCCUUGAGUAUUCCUAUAAAACCCUUUGAUAUUGGAUUACACUCAGACAACACCAAACAAGGAAGAACUGGAAGGAAACUGGAAAUGUGUGCACCCCUUAGUAUAAAUAAAGAGGUUGAUACCUCUUGGCAUUCAUCUCCAGUUAUCGGACACAGCUUUAGUGAAAGUAAAAUUCCUUCACUGUUGCAAAAUUUACCAGAUGAUUGCAUGAGACAGCAGUACAAGACAACCAUAACCCAGGAAAAGAUGACCAUAUCACAGAACCUGAGGAAUAAACCACAGGACACUAUGAGAACACCACAGGACAGUAUGACAACACAGAACAGAAAAAGCACAACACAAAACAAGAAUAGUACAAUGCAGGACAAGAACAGUAUAAAACAGAACAAGAAUAGUACAACACAAAACAAGAAUAGUACAGUACAAAACAAGAAUAAUACAACACAGAACAAGAAUAGUACAACACAGAACAAGAAUAGCACAACACAGAGCCAGAACAAUACAAUGCAGGACAAGAAUAGUACAAUGCAGGACAAGAAUAGUACAAUGCAGGACAAGAAUAGUACAAUGCAGGACAAUAAAGGUACACUGCAGAACAAGAAUAGUACAAUACAGAACAAGAAUAGUACAAUGCAGAACAAGAAUAGUACAAUGCAGAACAAGAAUAGUACAAUGCAGAACAAGAAUAGUACAAUGCAGAACAAGAAUAGUACAAUGCAGAACAAGAACAGUACAAUGCAGAACAAGAAUAGUACAAUGCAGAACAAGAAUAGUACAAUGCAAAACAAGAAUAGUACAAUGCAGAACAAGAAUAGUACAACACAGAAUAAGACUAAUACAACACAAGACAAGAAUAGUACAACACAGAACAAGAACAUACAACACAGAACAAGAACAGUACAACACAGAACAAGAACAGUACAACACAGAACAAGAACAGUACAACACAGAACAAGAACAGUACAACACAGAACAAGAACAGUACAACACAGGACAAGAAUAGUACAACACAGGACAAAAAUAGUACAACGCAGGACAAAAAUAGUACAACACAGGAUAAGAAUAGUACACAGAACAAGAAUAGUACAAUGCAGUACAAAAAUAGUACAACACAGUACAAGAAUAGUACAACACAGGACAAGAAUAGUACAACACAUGACAAAAAUAGUACAACACAGGAUAAGAAUAGUACAACAAAGUACAAAAAUAGUACAACACAGUACAAGAAUAGUACAACACAGAACAAGAAUAGUACAACACAGGACAAGACUAGUAUAA